UUUCUGACCGGAAUCAAUUGUGUGGUGUAUAAAGUUCCAAUUUCUAUCAAAUGAAUAAUUUGGAGUUUCAAGCCGCCAUAGAUAAACUCAAUCGGCCGCCAAAGCUUGAAUCUUGAUGCAGAACCCAUUGCUUCAACCAGAGUCGAGAAUGGAGGAGGCUGUGGGGACAUCGACUGAUCAAUCUGUUGUUUUCUCAUUGGAAAAGCUUUCAAACAUUAAAUCAAUGGCUAUCAACAUUUACAAUAGCAAACCGAUCUCACAUUGGAUUCAAUUUCUCUUAAGCUGUGCUGCAAUGCUCAUCGCCUUCCCUGCUUCAAGCAUCCUGUCUCGUGUUUAUUACUCCGAUGGCGGUCAAAGCAAAUGGAUCAUUUCAUGGGCAUCAGUCGCAGGAUGGCCUCUAACCGUUUUGUUCCUUUUACCUUCAUACUUUUUCAGUAAAAAGACUCCAACUCCAUUAAACUAUAAGCUAUUACUUUCUUACAUCGUUUUGGGAUUGUUAAGUGCAGCAGACAAUCUCAUGUACGCUUAUGCCUACGCUUAUCUCCCUGCAUCAACAGCUUCUCUUUUAGCCUCAUCCUCCUUAGCUUUCUCAGCUCUAUUCGGUUAUUUCAUCGUUCACAAUCGAAUAAACAUUUCCACAUUAAACGCCAUCUUCAUCAUCAGUGUGGCUGUAAUCAUAAUCGGAUUAGAUUCUGAUUCAGACAGGUAUGGAAACGUGACAGACAGCGAAUACAUAAUCGGUUUUGUCAUGGACAUUUUGGGAUCAGCUCUGCACGGACUCAUAUUCGCCCUUUCUGAGCUGGUUUUCGUGAAUCUAUUGGGAAGAAGAUCUUUCCAUGUGGUGUUAGAACAGCAGGCAAUGGUAUCCCUUUUUGCAUUUGUUUUCACUACUGUGGGAGUUGUGGUGAAUAAUGAUUUCAAGGGAAUGGUUUCGGAGGCUAAGAGUUUUGUGGGGGGAGAAUCCGCGUAUUGGUUAGUCUUGGUUUGGAGUUGCGUUACGUUUCAGGUUGGGGUAUUGGGUGGGACUGCGGUGCUUUAUUUGGCGUCGACGGUUAUGGCAGGGGUGCUUAAUGCGGUUAGGGUUCCGAUAACGAGUAUUGCUGCAAUUAUAUUGUUGCAUGAUCCUAUGAGUGGGUUCAAAAUUCUUUCUUUGGUUAUAACAUUUUGGGGAUUUUGUUGUUAUAUUUAUGGUGGUUAUAUGGAUAGUAAUAAGGAUGAUGAUCAUAAUAAAAAGGAUUUAGAAGAUAGGGUUUGAAUAUAUUUAACAUAUGGAACAUUUGAAAGCUAUUGUUUAUUGAUGCA